UUGAAGGUCUUUCCUUACACGAAGCACCAAUCCAUGCUUUGCGCUUUUAUUCAUACAGCACUCCAAACAAGAGGGGUUCGCUUGUCAUAGGUUACCGCUUUACCCAUUUGAAAAAUAUUAAUAGGUAGUGUAUCUGUGACACUCAUUGAUGUGCUAGCUUGUUUAGUUUGGCAGAUUUUGGUCGGGCUGGCGAGUCAAGUUGCUUCCUAAUGUAGAGCGCCACAAUGCGGAUAUUUUUGCUAUUGUCCUUAAUAGUCUCGCUCUUAGCUGUAAAAGAAACUACUGGCGAGCAAUUACAAGUGUCCGUGGGCUCAUCUAACGGCUUGCCAACGCUUAGCAAAGCGGACCUGGUUAUAGUGUACAGUACAACCAGCAGCCGUUUACCUUUAGUACAUGCUUCACGCCCGGCGAGGCGUGGCAUCCGCACCAUUAUAGCGUUGGAAAGCGCCAGCGAAGCAGCACGGCUGAACAAAUUGUACAAUGCAUCUUACGGCAAAGAGCACAGCGAAAUCUACAUCUCAUGGCCUGACGCGGGUACUGGCGAUGAUGCCAACAUCCCAACCCAUGCUACUCGCAGCAGCAGCAACAGCAAAAGCCCGCCUUCAUCACUCCACCCGUUGCAUCGUUUGGGCCAUCGUUGGGCCAUCGCGCCCCUCCUAGCCCACCAACUCCUGACCGCCCAGGCCACUUCCACCACCUCCGAUCCCUCUUCCCCCUCCUCCUCCUCCCCCUCCUCCUCCUCCACCUCCUCCACCCCCUCCUCUUCUUCCUCCAUCGAUCCAACCAUGCCCGAAAUCGACUCCUCCGACUACGCCAACACCACCACCUCUUCCACCACCACCACCACAGCAACCACGACCUCCGAAACCGCAAACCCACCUCCACCUCCCGUUCCCCCUCCUCCCUACCGCUGGAUGCUCGUCGCCCGUGACGACACCCUCUGGCUGCCGCACCAUGUCGUACAACUCCUCUCGCCGUACGACAGCGCUGCCGCCGCCGCCGUCAGCGAUCACCUCAUUGACUUCAAUGGUGCCGUACUCCUCGCGCCCUCCCCCGCCGCCGCCGUUUGCCUGCCCUGCGGCAUGAACCUAACCGCACUUAUGGGCCGCCGCCGGCCGCCCCGCAUGCCGCUGUCCAGUUGCCCCGUGUGUCGCCCCGCCGCGGGUUGUGAGUUCCGGUUUGACCUGUGUGACGGGCUGGCGGGGGGGCCGCUGUGUGCCAGCAAGCGGUUUCUGGGCAGCGGCGACCGCUGUGCGCCGUCUUGGGUUGCGGGUGGGGGCGGGGUGGCGAUGAGUGAGAUGUUGCUGAGGUACCUGGACCAGGCCGCCUGGACCAGCUGCGUUACGGACGCGCUGUCAUCCAUAUCGGGGGAGCGCUCCCUGGGUCGCUGCCUGUGGCGCAGCGGCUUCGGCUUCACGCACCCCGCUGCGGGGCUGGCUGGAGAGCAGCACUGCAACCCCUUCAGCAGCCGGCACAUGCUGUUCGGCAACCCGCUGAUGAGACAGGAGAUCUUCGGGGCGCAAGCGGACAAGCUGCUCACACCCGCCUACGCUGCAUCGGAGGCGGCAGCAGCAGCAAAGGCAACGACGACUGCAGCCGCGCAAACAGGCAGCGCUGGCGGCGCCGCCGCUGUCGCCGCCGCCGCCGAGUCGUCAGUGGCGGCGGCGGCGGUGGCGGCAGCCUCCACUCGGAUUCGCCCCCCCGCGACGGCGGCGGCGGAGCCAUGCGACGCGGAAUGCCUCGAGUGGUUGAGUCGACGGGCGGUUAGUGUACACCUAGAUGUGCCGUACACUGAGGCGAGUGGCGGCGGCGGAGGCGACAAGGAUGUAAUUACGGCGGCGGCGGUUAUGGAGCAGGCGGCACAGCGAGUAGCUGGCAUGGACUGACUUGACCCGCUUGAUGAGGUUGGACAGCUGUCGCUUCGGAGCCUCCUGAGGGCCUCCUGAGGCCAUUUUGAAGUGAUAUUACCCUGUAGGAUGCAUACCGGUGUGCAACCUGUUACUCUGCGUGCGCUAGAAUCGCCAUGCAGGGGAGAUGGAAGAUGCAGUGAGAGAUCUGAUCUAGACGGUGGCCCAAAGCGGUUCUCCGGGUACCGGUGCCGGUGCCGAAUUACGAUUGUCGUACACGGAAAUGCUACGGGUGCGUUUCUGGUCGCAAUACUUGUGUGCGUUGGCGGCUAUGGUGGCUGGGAUGUGGGUGAGUAAGGGCCGUACCUGGGCUCUGUGACAGUAGAGGGGCAUGCAUGGUGAAGGAUGCGAAGGGCGUCGAAGGAGGCGGAGGAGAAAGAGAAGGGAAGCGGAACAGAAAGGAUGGCUUUGGAAAGGCUCUGCAAAACGGGUCACAGGGCUGUACCGGGGUAGAGGUCUCGAAGGCUGGAAGUGGUGAUGGUGAAAAGGUUGUGCGGCUGACAGACGACCGAUGUCGGCUUUAGCACUGUAGCUAUGCCUAGCUUUUUGUCAUGCAAGGCGUGGAACCGGUAUAGGAAAGGGAGGUGCCGCCUAGGAGAGCUGGAUGCGAGGCAGCGGAACGGUGGCGCAAGGCCUUGGUCAUCAAGUGCGGAUACGGUUUGCUGUGUGGUGUGCUGGGCAUGGGAUAGGAACAUAGGAGCAUGGUGGUGGUGGUGGUGGUUUGUUCCUUCAGCAGCAACCAAUACAUCAGACACAGUACGUACAUGCCAGUACAUUCCUACUCGCGGCCAGUUUUCUUAACACAGGACAGGGAGGUGCACGGGUCCCCGUUGUGUGAACGUGGGGGGCACGGCGGUGAAG